CUUAGAACUCAGUUGCUUCUUCUCCCUUUCACAGAUCUGGCUGCUCUGCCCGCCGGGCUCAGAGAAGUUGGGGCCACCUCAGCUCGGAGCUCCCAGCCUGGAUCCCGACAGGGAAAAGCUGUCCGCAGGCAGCCCGGACGUCGCUACCAACUGAUGUCACCGAGGGCGCCUAGGACGUCAGAAGGAUCCCUCUCCUACCGGUGGUCCUGGGGGCUGCUCAGCCCUGCCAUCCCAUGGCGCAUGAAGUGGAGGCAGACACAUUGCUGGAUCUCAGCUUCCUUACCGAGGAGGAGCAGGAUGCCAUCGCCAGCGUCCUGAGCAGGGAUGCCCGUCUGCGCCAGUUGGAGGAGGGAAGAAUCAGCAAGCUUCGAGCAUCACUGGUGGACCCUGGGCAGCUAAAGAUCCUGACAGGAGACUGGUUCAGAGAUGCCCGCUCCCAGCGGCACCGCCAUGCCCGCCUGGGCUCUGACCUUGUUCGAGCCUCCAUCCGCCGGAAGAAAAGGUCCAGGGGUGAGCCAGAGCUGGGGAGUGAAGGAGAGCCUGAGGAGGAGGUGGCCUCCAGUCUCAGGCUCUCCUUGGAGGUGCCCACCCCAGAGAGGGACAGUGAAGCUGAGGUGAGUAGGGAGCUGGGAGAACCCCUGGAUGCAGCAGCUGUGGCUCUAGCCCCAGCCUCAGUUGAGGAAGAGCCAGGCUCCCAGGCCCAAGCAGCUCCAGGUACUGACCCCAGAUCCGGGGUAGAGGGUUGGGAGAAGGAGGAGGAGGUGGUGGUGGUGAAAGAGGAGAAAAAGGAAAAGAAGGAGGAGGAGAUUAGUGCCGGAGAGGUCCAGGAAGCGGAGCCGGAGCCGGAGCUGGGGCCAGAGCCCGAGACCCAGUGGCAGGGGCAGGAGGAGGAGCCCCACCCUCCCCUAGUCCAGGAUGAGCCGGGUCUCCGAAGCUUGGAGAACGGGGAAGAGGAAUCCUUAGGCUCCCCACAGCGGGGCUCCGCUCCCCCCUUCAACCGCAUGCUGAGUAGUAGCUCCUCCGUGUCCAGCCUCAGCUCCUCCACGCUGAGCGGCAGCCAGCUGAGCCUGUACAGCGAGGGCGAGGCGGGCGCGGUGCCCGUGCGCGGCUCCAUCCAGUUCUCGCUGCUCUACCAGCCGGUCCCCGGGGAGCUGAGGGUGCAGGUGCUUCAGUGCCAGGGGCUGGCCCCGGCCCGGAAACGCCGCUCGGACCCCUACGUGAAAAGCUACCUCCUCCCAGACAAGUCCCCGCAAAGCAAGCGCAAGACAGCGGUGAAGAAACGCAACCUGAACCCGGUGUUUAACGAGACCCUGCGGUACUCGGUGGAGCAGUCCGAGCUUGGCGGCCGCGUGCUCCACCUUUCCGUGUGGCACCACGAGAGCCUCGGCCGCAACCUCUUCCUGGGCGAAGUCGAGGUGCCCUUGGGCACGUGGGACUGGGCUUCCGAGUCGGCCUGGUUGCCCCUGCAGCCCCGGACCCCGCCUUCCCCUGACGGGCUCCUGAGCAGGGGGCAGCUGUCUUUGGCCCUCAAGUUCAUCCCAGCUGGAGCGGAAGGCGCCGGGCUCCCUCCCAGUGGGGAGCUGCACUUUUGGGUGAAGGAUGCACAAAACCUGGUCCCCUUUCGCUCGGGAUCCCCGGACUGCUACAUACAGUGCUCAGUGCUGCCUGAUGACAGUCGAGCCAGCCGCCAACGGACAAGGGUGGUCCGCCGCAGCCUGAGCCCAGUCUUCAACCACACUAUGGUCUAUGACGGCUUCGAGUCCUCCGACUUGCAGCAGGCCUGUGCCGAGCUGUCCCUCUGGGACUCUGGCACCCUGGGCAGUCGCCUGCUGGGAGGCACCCGCCUCAGCCUGGGCACCGGCAGCAGCUAUGGGCUUCAGGUACCAUGGAUGGACUCCACCCCUGAGGAGAAACACCUGUGGCAGAUGCUGUUGGCCCGGCCUUGCGAGUGGGUGGAUGGACUCCUGCCCCUCAGGACCAAUCUUGCACCCAGGACAUAACUGCCAGUCCCUGCCAGGUGCUGGGGCAGGAGGGGAAUUGGAUGGGGAAAAUAAAGUCACUACCACAGUCUAAAA